AUGAAUUCGAAAAAUGAUGUCACAAGCGACGUAAGGCAUUACAAAAACUUUAACAUGGAACGUUCUUAAGAGACUCCAAACGCGAUAGGAUAUCACUAUGGUAGGUGGAAUCAAUGUGAAAAAAGAAGUGAUAUGAUAAUACCGUAUGGAAUGACGUCAGUGAGGUGUAAUUAUUCAAUUCCAUGUAGUAGUGGAAGGCGAUGAACAAGCGAUGGGCCUGGCGAUCGACCAAUAA